UAGUUUGUGAUAUGGACCCACGAGCUUAUGGGAAAGGUCCUCCCCACGAAGGGAAACUAUUGUCUCUCUCAUUGAUUAUGCCCUGCUCCCCCAUGGCAUGAUGCCACUAAUCGCAUUGUAACAGAGAGAAUCCUACUCUUUCAAACCAGGGGGUUCAUGUAUCAAGCAGUGACAUAACAUGAUCUACAUGUAUCCUUAUCCUGGCAAUAACUGCACAGAUAGCAGCACAGCAGUAUACCAAAGCUCCGUCCCCUCCUCACUGACUUCACCAAUAUGGCUCCUGAAACAAGCGUCGGAAUUCAUUACCCAUUAUACAUCUAGUGCCGCUUCUAACAGUUGGUGUGACGUCAUCUCCCCGCGUCCUGUCAUUCAUCUCCGGGUGGAAUGGCUGCUGCUCUGUCAGGAGUUCUGCGUGUCAAGCAGCUCCACUCCUGGCAGCAGGCCGGGCUCUUCCACUCAUGUGUCCGGCUACUGGCUGCAGACAAGGAGCUCCUGGUGAGGCUGCGGAAGAAGACCGGAUACACGUUUAUGAACUGUAAGAAAGCGCUGGAGAAGUUCAACAGUGACCCAAAACAGGCAGAGGCUUGGUUAAAUCAGCAGGCCCAAAAAGAAGGAUGGAGCAAAGCAUUUAAGUUACAAGGAAGAAAGACUGCAGAGGGUCUUGUGGGUCUGCUACUAGAAGGCAACAGUGCAGUAAUGGUGGAAGUGAACUGUGAGUCAGACUUUGUAGCCAGGAAUGUGAGGUUCCAGCAGCUGGUUCAGCAGAUGGCUCUCUCUACACUGAGGCAUUCCCAGAGUGUGGCGCUGAACCAACCUUCUUACGUUAAGGGCACCUUGGCUGGUGAGGAGAUUUUACAGAUGAAGGCUGAAGAGUCCUCUCUUAAAGAUGUUCUUGCAAUGACAAUUGGAAAACUUGGAGAAAACAUGUUACUGAGGAGGGCUGUAUGGGUAACUGUCCCCUCUGGCAUGUUUAUAGGUUCAUAUGUACAUGGCACACUACCUCCGGAUUUGCCGUCCUUGGCUAACAUGUCAUUUGGCAAAUAUGGAUCCUUGGUUGUAUGUCAGAUAACUGAUGCAGGCAACAAAAGCAACAUAUCUGAACUUGGUCGAAGACUGGGCCAGCACUUAGUAGGCAUGAGCCCUGUGUCACUGGGUUCUCUAGAAGAUGAGUCUGCUGGGGAGACAGAGACCAGAAUGUUGGCCCAACCUUUCCUGCUGGAGCCCAGUCUAACUGUAGGACAGUAUCUGCAGCCACACGGAGUACAGGUCCUGGAUUUUGUGCGCUUUGAAUGUGGAGAGGACACAGAGUGUACAGAAACCAGCCAGACACAAUGAUUCAUAACAAACUGCUCCUGCUGGGAAAUUUGUACAAUGCAAGGUUUUAUUUUUUUUUCCUUCCAACUGAUAAAUAAAUGCAAUGCUGCCAAUA